CAGUGCUGCUCCGUUUCUCGCGCGCUUGGCGCUGUGGCGAAUGCGGGCGGCGACUGAUUGCGCAAGUCUGCUUGUCAGGGACAAGGCUUUGUGGCCGAAAGCUUUGUGGCUUCCUUGCUACAAAGACUCAUCUGGCGUCCGCGGUUUGGUGGCUGUCCCUGCCUAAGAGAGCCACUUUUUACCCCGACGCUGCAGAUAGCCUCCCCCAGAACUGCUGCAGGCUUUUAGCGCUUGGCAGGAGCCAUGCCUCGGGGACGGAAGAGUCGGCGCCGCCGGAACGCAAAGGCAGCCGAAGAGAAUCGCAACAAUCGCAAGAUCCAGGCCUCAGAGGCCUCUAAGACCCCGAUGGCGGCUUCUGUGGUCCCGAGCACACCCGAAGACUACCUGAGCGGUCCUGAGGAAGACACAAGCACUCCGGAGAAGGCCUCCACUACCCCUGCAGAGGCUGCGAGCACUGCCCUGGUGCAAAAACCUGUUACCCGGAGCAAUUUUCAGGGCACCAAGAAAAGUCUCCUAAUGUCCAUAUUAGCCCUCAUCUUCAUCAUGGGCAACAGCGCCAAGGAGGCUCUGGUGUGGAAAGUGCUGGGGAAGUUAGGGAUGCAGCCCGGGAGGCAGCACAGCAUCUUUGGAGAUCCGAAGAAGGUCGUUACAGAAGAGUUUGUUCGCAGAGGGUAUCUCCUUUAUAAGCCAGUGCCUCGCAGCAGUCCAGUGGAGUACGAGUUCUUCUGGGGCCCUCGAGCACACGUGGAAUCGAGCAAGCUGAAAGUCAUGCAUUUUGUGGCAAGAGUUCGGAACCGAUGCUCCAAAGACUGGCCAUGUAACUAUGACUGGGAUUCAGAUGAUGAUGCAGAGGUCGAGGCUAUACUCAAUUCAGGUGCUAGGGGUUAUUCCACUCCAUAGAGAGAUCCAAGGUAGACCCUAAGGAGUGGAAAAGAGAAUCCAAAGUACUCCGUGGAGUAGAUAGGCAGGGUCCUGAAAUCAUGAUGUGGAGGGUGGGGAGGGCACUGUAUUUGGUAUUUGUGAUCAGUGCUAAUUGUUAAACUGCGAAGUAGUGUUUGCUUUAUAUAUUGAAAUCUUGUAUUCAUUUUAUAACACUGUUGAUUAAGAAAAUGUUUGUUAUUUUUCCUGUCAUUGACAUUUGCUACAACAGCUGUGCUAACCUCAUCAAAUGAAGACCUUCUGUCAUGUUCUGGGAAGAAAGGAGCUGCUCUUUGACAGUUUGGAAUACCCAGUACAAUGUGAGUGAGGGAAAAUAACAGACUCGUUCUGUCUUACCUUUGUGUUUGAAGUCUUGUAAAGAAACAUCUGUGGAUAUAUAUGCUCACUGUGCAAAUAGCAUAAAUAAAAGAAUAGUAAAUAGGA